UCCCGUCAUCCGGGCACAGCUCUGGGGAGAGCGAGCGCGAGGCUCUGGAGCGGCCACUACGCAGGGACACGCGAAGGCGGGGACAAGGAGGGGGGCGAGAGGGGUAUAAGAGUGGCCGCUGCCGGAGGAGCCGCUUUCCAGCCCCUGCCGCCUGCAGCAGAGACCAGGGCGCUGGCAUCCCGGGAGGGCGGCCCUGAGGAGGAGAAACAGGGGUCCCCCCCCCCCCCCGCCUCCGUGGUCCCGGGACGCAACCCGCGAAGGCUGCCUGGAGGAGGGUGCCGGGGCCAUGGCCAGCGAGGCGACGUUGGGUCCCAACGCGACCUGGUGGGCUCCGUCCAACACUUCGGGAUGCCCAGGCUGCGGUGCCAACGCCUCGGACGGCCCGGGCUCCGCGCCAAGGCCCCUGGAUGCCUGGCUGGUCCCCCUGUUCUUCGCUGUGCUCAUGGUGCUCGGGCUGGUGGGCAACUCGCUGGUCAUCUACGUCAUCUGCCGCCACAAGCACAUGCGGACGGUGACCAACUUCUACAUCGCCAACCUGGCGGCCACAGAUGUCACCUUCCUGCUGUGCUGCGUGCCCUUCACGGCGCUCCUCUACCCGCUGCCCGCCUGGGUGCUGGGAGACUUCAUGUGCAAAUUCGUCAACUACAUCCAGCAGGUCUCGGUGCAAGCCACGUGCGCCACGCUGACGGCCAUGAGCGUGGACCGCUGGUACGUGACGGUGUUCCCGCUGCGCGCCCUGCACCGCCGCACCCCGCGCCUGGCCCUGGCGGUCAGCCUCAGCAUCUGGGUGGGUGAGUGCGCUCAGGGGUCGGGCCGGGCUGGGGGUGGGGACAGGGCGCUGGGCCUCGGGGGAGGUGCGCACGCGGGGGUGAGCGCGGUCGGGGGCGCCGUGUCUCCUCUCCCCGGAGCGCCGCGCUCACCCCGGCGGGCGGCCCAGGCUCUGCAGCCGUGUCCGCCCCGGUGCUGGCCCUGCACCGCCUGUCGCCCGGGCCGCGCACCUACUGCAGCGAGGCGUUCCCCAGCCGCGCCCUGGAGCGCGCCUUCGCGCUCUACAACCUGCUGGCCCUGUACCUGCUGCCGCUACUCGCCACCUGCGCCUGCUACGGCGCCAUGCUGCGCCACCUGGGCCGCGCCGCCGUGCGCCCCGCGCCCACCGACGGCGCCCUGCAGGGUCAGCUGCUGGCGCAGCGCGCCGGAGCGGUGCGCACCAGGGUCUCCCGGCUGGUGGCCGCGGUGGUCCUGCUCUUCGCCGCCUGCUGGGGCCCCAUCCAGCUGUUCCUGGUGCUCCAGGCCCUGGGCCCCGCGGGCGCCUGGCACCCUCGCAGCUACGCUGCCUACGCGCUCAAGAUCUGGGCCCACUGCAUGUCCUACAGCAACUCGGCGCUCAACCCGCUGCUCUACGCCUUCCUGGGCUCGCACUUUCGGCAGGCCUUCUGCCGCGCGUGCCCCUGCGGCCCGCGACGCCGGCCAAGGCCCAGCGCGCCUCCGCCCUCGGCCCGGGCCGCAACCCGCGCCGCGCCGCACAGCCUGGCCGCGCGCGCCGCCCGGGCCAGCACCCCCGCGCCCUGGAACCCUGCGGCGCGCUCCGUGUGAGCCGCCCCUGCCCCUAAUCAGCCUAGGCCGCUUGGGCUCCGGAGACCCAGCGGUUAAUAGUUUAGUUCAUCUGUGUAAAGGGCCUUCUCUUCUUCAGUUCGGCCCCGGUGGCCAGGUUGUGAUAAUUCUGUCUGUACUUCGUGAUGUUUGAAGAUUAAGGUUCCCACUUUCUGCAUCUACUUUUUCUUUUCUGGUGCUGGGAACCGAACCCAGUACUUUGUGCUUAUUAGGCAAAUGACAGACUACUAAACCAAAUGCCCAACCUCUCUUUUUUCCUUCUUCCUUAUGCCUUGCUUUUUUUUGAAACGGGGUCUCAUGUAGCCCAGGCUGGUCUCCAACUCUACGUAGCUGAGACUGACCCUAUUGCUAUGGCCCCCGGGACCUAAGCCACCAAGCCCAGCUUUGCUUUUUCUGUUUUGAGAUAAUGUCCCAAAAUCAGGGGGAAAAAUUUUUUUUAAGGCUGUAAGAUCAUGUGUACUUCUUAGGAUAUUUAAAUUAGAAAACAAAACUCCAACACGCAUGUCUUUAUGAGUCCAAGGUCACCCUCAGCUACAUGAAUGUUCCAGGCUGGACCAGACCCAGUAUCCAAAGCAGACAAGCAGGGCUCUUUAAUCCCAGCACUGAGGGGGCAGAGCAGGAGGAUCUGU